AUGCUCAAUGUCGACCAGGCUGCUACCAACGGCCACGCGAACUCCGAGACGAUCCCAAUUCUCAAGGAGCACGCCUCACUGGACGGCUUUGGCACGCGCGCCAUCCAUGUUGGUUCCGAGCCGUCCGAGGAAACGGGCGCAGUCAUACCCUCCAUUUCGCUCAGCACGACGUACAAACAGCACGGUGUGGGCAACCACAAGGUACGGCUUCGAGUACUCGCGCUCGGCAACCCCAACCGGAACGCGCUCGAGGCGACCCUCGCGGCACUCGAGACCGGGGGCGCGCAUGCGCUGCCUUCGCCGACGGUGCUCCAGGCGCUCGGGCCCGACGCGCACAUCGUGAGCGUGAACGACGUCUAUGGUGGCACGUUCCGGUACAUGACGCGCGUCGCGGCGGAGAACCAAGGCGUCGAGACCACGUUCGUCGACCUCGAGAAUGCGUCGAACGACGAGAUCCUCGAUGCGUUCCGCCCAAAUACAAAGCUCAUUUGGAUCGAGACCCCCACGAACCCAACGUUGCGCGUGGUCGACAUUGCGCGCAUCGCGGCCCUCGCGCGCUCACAUCCUGCCAACCCACUCGUACUCGUUGAUAACACCUUCCUCUCGCCCUACUACGCCUCACCGCUCGCGCUCGGCGCCGACAUCGUCAUGCACUCGCUCACCAAAUACGUCAACGGCCACUCGGACGUCGUCAUGGGCGCGCUCCUCCACGCCAAGCUGCGCUUCCUGCAGAACGCGAUCGGCGCCGUGCCCUCCGCGCACGACUGCUGGCUCGCCCAGCGCGGCGCGAAGACGCUGCACCUGCGCAUGAAGGCGCACGGCGCGAACGCGCUCGCCGUCGCGCGCGCGCUCGAGCGCAGCCCGCACGUGCUCAAGGUCGUCUACCCCGGCCUGCCCUCGCACCCGCACCACGCGCUCGCGCGCCGGCAGCUCUCCGCGCACGCGGCGCGGUUCGUGGGCGCGCACGCGCGGCUCGACGCCGCCGCCGCCGACGGCGGGUUCCCGUACGGGGGCAUGAUCUCGUUCCGGGUGCGCGGCGGGGCGCGCGCGGCGGAGGCGUUCCUCACGGGCGCGCGGCUCUUCACGCUCGCGGAGUCGCUCGGGGGCGUGGAGAGCCUCGCGGAGCUGCCGGCGGCGAUGACGCACGGGAGCAUCCCCCCGGCGGAGCGGGCGGCGCUCGGGAUCACGGACGACCUCAUCCGGCUGUCGGUGGGGGUGGAGGAGGAGGAGGACCUGGUCGCGGACGUCGAGCAGGCGUUGGAGAAGGCGAUGAAGGCCGCGGCGGAGGCGGAGGUGGAGGUGGGGGCGUGA